CGCUGGUUCCCGAUAGAAGUGCGCAUGUGGAAGUGAACUGACUGACAUCUAUUCUGCAAGGUUAAUCAAUAAUCAGAGUGAUUGUUCCUGUAGUCCUAAAUGCAUUUUUAUAGACCGCACUGAAGGCCUUCGGUUCACGCAUGUGGAAAUAGAGCCUGUCUUUUCAGCUCUGUGGAUGUGACUUUUAUACUGGAGUAAGAGACGGCAUUUUGACACUGUUGCAGGCUGGGCAGGUUAAAAUCAGCUAUCUGUUGCUUCAAAAACUGAAUUGUCUUACUUGUCAUGAGUUUGGAAGUGUUACUGUGGACGUGAGGAGCUUCUUUCUUCCCGUGUCAGUAACAGGCCUUUUACCAUGAACAAUUCUACUCCAGCUACAGCUAAUGGGAACGACAAGAAGAAAUUUAAAAGAGACAGAUCGCCAUGCUGUCCUUCACGUGUCCUUCAUCUUCGUCAAAUUCCAAAUGAUGUUACUGAAGCAGAAGUAAUUUCAUUAGGCCUCCCUUUUGGCAAAGUAACCAACCUCUUGAUGCUAAAAGGAAAAAGUCAGGCAUUUUUGGAAAUGGCUUCUGAAGAAGCUGCUGUUACUAUGGUGAACUACUAUACUCCUACUACACCUCACCUCCGCAGCCAGCCUGUUUAUAUUCAGUAUUCCAAUCACAGAGAGCUUAAGACUGACAAUCUGCCUAAUCAGACUAGAGCACAAGCUGCAUUGCAAGCUGUGAAUGCUACGCGGUCUGGAAACCUCGCUAUUACAAGCACUGUUGCUGCUGAAGGUGGACUCCUUCCAGGUCAAGGUUCUGUUCUUCGAGUCAUUGUUGAAAAUCUUUUCUACUCUGUCACUUUAGAAGUGCUGUAUCAGAUUUUCUCUAAAUUUGGACAUGUUUUAAAGAUUAUCACCUUCACUAAGAACAAUCAGUUCCAAGCUUUGCUCCAGUAUGCUGAUCCAAUGAGUGCAUAUUAUGCCAAAAUGGGUCUGGAUGGCCAAAGUAUUUACACUGGGUGCUGUACUCUGCGUAUUGAUUUCUCCAAGUUAACUAGCCUUAAGGUAAAGUACAACAAUGAGAAAAGCAGAGAUUUCACUCGCCUUGACCUUCCUUGUGGUGAUGGCCAGCCACCCCUGGAGCCAUCCAGAGCUGCUGCCUUUGGCACCCAAAGUAUCAUCUUCCCAUCAUAUGCAGGGGUUGCCGGGUUUGUCCCAGCCAUGGGCUUUGCUCAAGGUGCUGGUGUUUCGAUUCCAGCUGUUCCUGGAACACUUGGUUCUCUCACCGUCGCCACAUCUGCAGCAUCUGUACCGAUGCCUAUUCAUGGUGUUACUGGUGUUCCAGGAAAUUCUGUGUUACUAGUCAGCAACCUCAACCCUGAAGCCAUCACACCACACGGACUUUUCAUCCUAUUUGGUGUGUAUGGUGAUGUGCAUCGUGUGAAGAUCAUGUUUAAGAAGAAAGAAAAUGCUUUGAUUCAGAUGGCAGAUGCAUCCCAGGCUCAAAUAGCCCUCAGCCACCUGAAUGGACAGAGGCUUUAUGGAAAGGUCCUCCAUGCUACUUUUUCAAUACAUCAAUCAGUUCAACUUCCUCGUGAGGGACAAGAGGACCAAGGUCUGACAAAGGACUAUAGCAAUAGCCCUUUACAUCGCUUUAAGAAGCCUGGCUCUAAGAAUUUCCAAAAUAUCUUUCCUCCAUCUGCCACCCUGCAUCUCUCCAACAUCCCGACUUCUGCUACUGUUGAUUAUCUGAAGAACCUUUUUGCAAGUACUGGAUCUACUGUGAAAGCCUUCAGAUUCUUCCAGAAAGAUUGCAAAAUGGCUCUUAUCCAGCUGGGCUCUGUGGAAGAAGCAGUUCACGCUCUCAUUGAGCUUCAUAAUUAUGACCUUGGAGAAAACCAUCACCUCCGAGUUUCCUUCUCAAAAUCUAUAAUCUGACUUUUCUGUGAACUUUCCUGCAUCACAGUUUUAGUAAAAUCUUCAGCUAGGGACUGAAACAGCUGUGACCAGCUCUGUCUUUUAAAACAAAAAGCUCAUUCAUACACGAAGAAUUAAGCAAUGAUAUUUUCUGUGAGUAUGCGAUCAAAUUUUAAUACUCAUCCACAAAAAGAUUCUUCUGUGAAAUUGCUUUAGCAACAAUAUUUAUCAUCAAAUUUCCUACUGGAAAUUUUAUUUUGAGAGCAUCCCUUUAGUUUUUAUUUGAAAUCAGCCUUACAAAACAUUAUACAAUAUAACAAACAGAGUAUUUCUAACAAAAUCAUAAAUCUAGUCUACACAGAAUAAACACUAAUUUGAAUGUGAAAUAGUGCUUGGGUUUCUUGAAGAAAAGCAAGCAUUGACUGUGACUGUCCUCUUAAAUAGUAUUUAUGUUACCAGGGUGUGUGUUCAUACUUUGGCAAGUCUUUACAAGUAACUUUUUUUUAAAAAACAAAAGCCUGCUGUUCAUAUGGAUUAAAUUAUUAGAGAAAAGGCUGUGCCUUCUCUCUGUAGAGUAAAAAGAUACUGGACAAGUUUCUUCAAGAUGCGGUGUCAGAGACUUAGCUUGAAUUAACCAUGGAAUGGAAGUUUGAUAUCUUAUUUUUACAAUAAAGUAAUGUUGUGUAAUAGUACUUUGGGGAAAAUAAGACAAGAAAAUAGUCCUGAUUUCAAAUAAUUUUUUACAUUUCUUUAAAGAAUAAAAUGUUUACAAUCUUAUGGAAAAUAUUCAGGUCUAUGAUGGUUUAAUAAGUUUUGAAGAAGUUAUUUUUCUUAAGGUCAUCUUUGGGGGAAUAAAACUUAAAC